AUGGACCUGGCCGUGGACUUGUACCUGGCCGUCCCGCUGCUCUUCACCGUCCUGGCCCUCGUCCUCGCCUCCGUCUUCCUGAAGCUGCGGGGAGGCGGCGGCGAGCGGGUGUCGGAGCGGCCCCGGGAGCCCGCGGCGGAGCCGGCUCGGGAGGGCGGCCCCGAGGGCGAAGCGGCGGCAGCGGCCGCGGGGCCGGAGGACGAGGGGAGCCGGGUGCCGGUGGAGGAGGUCGGGGUGGGUGACGAGGGGAAGGAGGCGGUCGCAGAGCAGCGGGACGCGGCGGCGGAGCCGGGCCCCGCGGCCGAGCCCAGCCCCCCGGCGGCCGAGAGCAUCCCCCGGCAGCCACCCGAGGAGCCCCGGCAGCCACCCGAGGAGCCCCGGCAGCCACCCGAGGAGCCCCGGCAGCCACCCGAGGAGCCCCGGCAGCCACCCGAGGAGCCCCGGCAGCCCGGGCACCAGGAGGAUGCGGAGAGCAAGAUACCACCGUUGGGUGCCUCGCCUGGAUCCAGCCUCGGGCACACAGGACAAGCAGAGGACACGAGUGGCCACGCAGCACUUUCCAGCCAUGCAGAGGAGGAAGAGGUGGACUCAGAAAACGAGAAGCUGGUGGUGAGAGAGCCAGAGGAUGAGGAUGCUGCAGAUGAAACGUUUUCUUUUAAAUACAGUCCUGGAAAGCUAAGGGGAAACCAGUACAAGUCAAUGAUGUCCAAAGAAGAACUAGAGGAAGAACAAAGGGUUCAGAGAGAGCAGCUGGCUGCCAUCUUCAGACUGAUGAAGGAAAAAAGUGACACGUUUGGAGAGAUGUCUGAAGGAGACAUGAAGGAGCAGCUCAGACUGUACGAUAUAUAA